GGAGGAGCUGACAAACAGUGCUAUGAUGAGGAGAGACCGUCUGCUCCUGGCUGCGACCCUCACCACCAUAUUCAUUGCUGACCUCUACUUCAUCCUCCUCCCCAAGCUUCGACACAGACAACCCCACCCGGGGGACCCCAGCUGCCUCUGCAGCCCAGGAAACGUCUCCCUCCCUGGGCACGCCGGCCUCAUUGCUCCCUGGCUUUCCAACUGGACUUCCACAUCGCCCCUGGACGAGGAACCUAGUGAGAGACGCUCUAAGUUGGGCAGGCUGUUUGCUCACCCCCUGUAUGAGCCCCAGGGCCCGGGGGUGCUGGGGCCAGAGGAGCGGCUGCUACAGCAGGAGGAGCUGCUGGAGUACUACAGGAGGAAGGUGUCUCGCUGGGAACGUCACAUGAAGUUCUACAGCGAGGUGGCAGCAGCCGCCAACUUCACCAUUCUCGAACAAAAGGUGACCUUUGACCCCAAGGCCAGCUGGUUGAAGUUCCACCUGGGCAUCAGUCGCCAUGCCCUGUACCGCCGGCACGACCCCUGGCACAACCCCAGCCACGACCCCGCGGAUCCUAGCCAUGACCCCACUGUUUCCCGUCUGCUACAGGACAUGCAAGCCCACACCAUCAUCAACGCAGACUACACUCAAGACGAAAAGGCCCUCAAAGGAGCGUGUGACUGUUCCCAAGUGGUCAAGCCCAGUGGUCACCACCUCAAGCUGGCCCUGAAGAUGCAGAACUUUGGCAAAGCCAUGUUCAAACCCAUGAGGCAGCAGAGGAACCAGGAGACUCCUGAGGAUGUCUUCUACUUUGUUGAUCUCCAGAGACACAACGCAGAGAUUGCAGCCUUCCACCUGGACAGAAUCCUGGACUUCCGGCGUGUUCCGCCGGUGGUGGGCCGGCUGGUGAACCUGACGGGGGAAGUUCUGCUCACCACACACAACGAGGACCUGCGCAACGUGUUCUUCACAUCGCCAGCAAACAACACUUGUUUCUUUGCCAAGUGUCUGUACAUGUGUAAGACAGAGUAUGCUGUGUGUGGGGGUCCAGACCUGCUGGAGGGCUCCAUGUCUGCCUAUCUCCCCAGUCUCAGUCUGGCCCCCCGGGUCUCCAUCUCCAACCCCUGGUCACGCUCCUACACCUUCACUGGCCAACAGGAGUGGGAGGUGAACACGUUGUACUGUGAUUCAAUCAGGAAGAUUCCUCCCUACAACUCAGGCAGCAGACUCCUAAACAUCAUAGACAUGGCCAUCUUUGACUUCCUCACAGGUAACAUGGACAGGCAUCACUACGAGAUCUUCACAGGGUUUGGAGACGGAUUUCUUCUUCACCUGGACAACGCCAGGGGGUUUGGGAAGCACUCCCAUGAUGAGAUGACCAUCCUGGCCCCACUGUCUCAGUGCUGCAUUAUAAAGCGCUCCACGGCGCUACGGCUCCAGCUGCUCUCCCAGGAGCCCUACAGGCUGAGUGACGUCAUGAGAGAGUCCCUGCAGGGAGACCCCGUCAGCCCCGUCCUGACGGAGCCACACCUCCUGGCGUUGGACCGCCGGCUGCAGCACGUCCUCAGGGCCGUCCAGAGAUGUGUCCGCAGGCUGGGGGAGGAGCCGGUGGUCGUGGACGACCUCACCGCUGGCUCUUCCUCCACAGACACUUGGGCGUCGGCGCCCAGACAGCCAGCCAGACAUUCCACCAAGGGCAGCUAACCUAAGACGCCAGGGCGUUCCAACUACCUGAGACCCCCCACCCAGUGGGGAGACAGAUGUCCCUGAUGAUGGACACAGUGGAGGACACAGAGGGUUCCACCUUGUGAAGAGGGUUUACCGCAGCGGCAUGUCAAAGAUGGCGGGUGGACAACGAAGAAAUGAAAAGGAAAAAUAGCAGGAGGCAGACUAAAGAGAAUGAGAUGCUGUGUUGGACCAUCUUCAGAAGCUUUGAAGGGGGACUGUCCUAAAGAACCUCUGAAAUAUGUUUGACAUAAAUUAUGUUUUACACAUUCGAUAAAGGUGUGGUUUGUGUGAUCGUGAAUGAAUAGUCCAGAGCCAGCUUUACUCUACUGACUAUGAACAUGAAAAGUUCAGGGUGUCUGUGGUCUGCCCAUCACCUACACUAUAUUGCCGCCUGUUUCUCCCAUUAAUCAGCCGCGCACGGAGCCUCUGUUUCUGCCUGGCAGCAGGCAGGCGUCUUCAGGCCUUCAAAGCUGGGUUUCAUAACAACACAAUUCUCUCAGAUGCCACGUAACUACUGCACACUCUGGGUGCAGAAUAUCAUGCACACAUCACCCCAUGGCUUUGUUUGAACUUGUCUGAAACCAUGGUUUGGUCUUCAAACAAUGUUGUUUGGUAUUUCAGAACACACCGUGGUCUAUUUGGGUCUUUCUCACUGCUGGGCUGACUAAUGCAUCCUGUUUUUGAUAGUUAGGUCAAAAAACGAUUACUUUUUUAUAGGUCUUGCAUCUUGUACCAGACUGUGUCUGGCGCGUGGCCAGACAGGCUGGAGGGAAGCACCAGGGGGUUAGGUUUACGAGGUGUCAGAGAGCAAAACAACCCCUCUGCCCCCAAAACACAACACU